UCUUGAAUGCCAGCGAGUGAUGAGUGCACCGCUGUGGACUCGCCCGGCUAUUUCUUCGACGUAGGUUCCCCACGUCCACUGAGUGUUUCACGAGACGCCCACCCCCUCCACCACCCAGACGUGGAGCCGUACGCGGUGGUCGAAGAUGUCUGUGGCCGGGCUGAAGAAACAGUUCCACAAAGCCAGUCAGCUACUCAGUGAGAAGAUCAGCGGGGCCGAGGGGACCAAGCUGGAUGAAGACUUCAUGGAGAUGGAGAGGAAAAUUGAGGUGACCAACAAGUCCGUGUUUGAUCUCUUGUCCAAAACAACAGAAUACCUCCAGCCCAACCCAGCCUCUCGAGCCAAACUGAACAUGCUGAACACAGUGUCUAAGAUCCGAGGCCAGGUGAAGACCACUGGCUACCCUCAGACCGAAGGCCUGCUGGGAGACUGCAUGCUGCGCUACGGCCUUGAACUGGGAGAGGACUCUGUGUUCGGCUGUGCUCUGGUGGACAUGGGCGAGGCCAUGAGGCAGAUGGCAGAUGUGAAGGACUCCCUGGACAUAGGUGUCAAACAAAACUUCAUCGACCCCCUGCAGAAUCUACAGGACAAGGACCUCAAAGAGAUCACGCACCACCUGAAGAAGCUGGAGGGACGCCGCUUGGACUUUGACUACAAGAAGAAGCGUCAGGGAAAAGUCCCCGACGAGGAGAUCCGGCAGGCCGUGGAGAAGUUCGACGAGAGCAAAGAGCUGGCGGAGAGGAGCAUGUUCAACUUCCUGGAAAAUGAUGUAGAGCAGGCGAGCCAGCUACUGGCGCUGAUCGAGGCUGCCGCAGAGUACCACCGGCAGUCGAGUGAAAUCCUGCAGGAGCUCAGUGGAAAGCUGCAGGGAAGGAUAUCCACAGCCAGCAGCCGGCCCAAGAGAGAGUUCAAACCCAAGUCCAUCAGGAGCAGCAUGGAGACCCUGGACAACAGUCAGCACAACAGCCUGUCCUACAGCUCCUCACUCAAAUCCACCGACAUCCAGAUCAACCCAACGGUCAAUGGUAAAACUGAUCAUAUAGCCUCUGUUUCACUGUCAUGGCCUGAGAGCCCCGCCAUCAAUGGCAAUGUUCACCAGAGCGAAGUGUUGGACCAGCCGUGCUGCCGCUCGCUCUACGACUUCGAGCCGGAGAACGAGGGCGAGCUCGGCUUCAAGGAGGGGGACAUCAUCAUCCUCACCAACCAGAUCGAUGAGAACUGGUACGAGGGCAUGAUCAGCGGCGAGUCCGGCUUUUUCCCCAUCAACUACGUGGACGUCAUCGUCCCCCUGCCCCAGUGAAGACCGGCACCCUGAGUCCUCUCAAGACUCCCUUCCUCAGCCUCUGAACCCACUCGGCCCAACGGGGCCAGCUCAGCCCCGAAGCUGGGAACACAUUCCUUCCUACUCAUUUUCCAAACGGAGCCAGAGAGGUAGUAGUUGUGACAUGAGAUGAAAACAUGUCGCUGAUUGAAUUGUUUUCUCUGUUGAUGUUUAUGAACCUGAAGCCAACUGAAAACCAAGACCGUGAGAGGGACCCUCUGCCUGGUCGGACCCUUCAGUCCCUCAGAUGACAUUGCUCCCCUGUCUGCUUUAUUUUUCACCACACACUGAGGCUCCUGAACUCUGCUUGAAGUUCACCACUGGAAUCUGUGUGUCCCUACAGACGCAUGAUAAGCUUUCCUUUGCAUUACAGUCACAUUGUUUUCAUUUCAGGGUAAUUCCUCACACUCAUAUAGUUAGCCCCAAAAUGAGGACGCUUCUUUCAUCCAGUCAUAGGGAUGAUGAUGUCAUGGACAUCAUGCUCACGGCUUACUAUGAUCCAAGUAUGAACGGAGUCAGAGGAAUUAGCUGAUGUUUCACCCAAAUCAUCCUGAGAAGACAAUUAUAGCAAGUAAUGUAUUUUAGAAAUGUAUUUCAGUUAUCUUUGUUGAAAUUCUCUUGACAUCCCGACAGCAAACGAUAAAUCAAAUGCUCUGGCAAAAAGAGAACAAAGGGAGAUCUGAUGAAACCACCGGACACUCACUGCAGUAUGAAGACCUCCUAUAUGGAUGCCUCACUGCUGUAUGAAGACCUAUCUGUAUGAAGACCUAUAUGGAUGCCUCACUGCUGUAUGAAGACCUAUCUGUAUGAAGACCUAUAUGGAUGCCUCACUGCUGUAUUCCACCAAUGUCUUUGAUCUUUUUGUAUUUUAAAUAGCAUGUCAUGUUCUGUGUUAUUGUCCAAACACAAGCCAAAGUGGUAAGUGUUGGCACUCGAGUGAAGCCUUACCAAAGUUUAAGGAUCAUUUCAACCAAUUGGAGCUUAUUUCAUGUCGUAGUUUUGGCCAUCAGUUCUAUCAGUACAAUAAUAUUGUACUCUUUGCGUUGUUGAUAUCUGUAACAUGGUGACAUUGCUUUAAAUGAGUCAGGAAACACCUGCAGUCAAUGA